CCACUUAAAAGCAAAGAAAAACACGCCCAAAGAGCGAUAAUUAAUCGAGAAAAAAUGAAGAAAGAGAAAAGAUACAGAAGAAAUAUAUGCCGCACUUCCAAGAAAUUAGAAGAGUCUGAAAUCACUCAAAUGAAAAUGGCAGAAAUGGUUGCUGAUAAAAGCGCCGAUGUAAGACAACACAAUAAAAAAUUACGAGAAGAUAUUGAAGGUUGGGAAAACAUCCUAAUCCGUUAA